AUGCAGCGUGGGAGCCGUCAAUUGUAUGCCGUGAACAAAUCGAUAGGGCACCGAUGGAGUGCUAUCCCGAAGCCACCACCUCCACACAUGGAUCGUCUCUGCGGGACGCAUAGUGUACUCAACGCUCUCCGGGCCUUUUACAAUGCCGUUGGGUGUCGACACCCGCACCGGCAGAAGCUGCAUUGCCUGUUCGUGCGGGACUUCCGCCUUGCUUUGGGUGACGCAAAAGCAUAUGACACGUCCAAUAGUCAUGAGGAGGAGGAUGGUGAGAGGAAGGAGGGGAAAGAAGGGGAUUCUCAUGGUGAAGUGUGGGUGCCGCACCAGUACCCAAAAAUUCAGCGCAUCGUGCGUCUUGCGCGGGCCAUGCGUCUCGAUGUAAAGGCGGUGGAGCGGCGUGAGUUGGUGCGGCUGUGCGGGGAGCGGCGUAAUCAGAACGUUGUACUCGAGGUGGCAGGCUACACGCCGUGGGAUGUUGCGGCGUGUCCGUGGCCGAGUGGCGGUCGCAAUGCUCCUGGUCACGGGAAUAAUGGUCACGAUAACAAGGGGCGGUCUGGGCAUUCGGGUGGUGGCGGUGGCGACAACGUGCUUUUCCUCGAUCACGUUAUCGACCCGGGCAAUGUCGGUGCCAUCAUGCGGUCGGCGUUCUUUUUGGGCGUGCGGUGUGUUGUGUUGAGUUGUGACAGCGCUGGGUGCACCGCGGCAAUGGCGCGGGCGAGCGCCGGGGUCAUGGAACACAUGGCUGUGUACCGCAGCGUGGUGCCCACCACAACGUUUCUGGAGAACACCAUUGCCCAACACAGGGCUCGAGGAGACCCAUGCAGUCUUGAGAUGUAUGCGGCCAUCACGAUCCCAAUGCACGCAAUCAUGCGGAGCGGACGCCAACCAAAAGAAGAAACAGAAAAAGGAGGAGAACCGAUGCGACGUCGGCUCCUCUUGCUGGGCAAUGAGGAUAAAGGUUUACCACCAGAGGUAGUGCGCCUGUGUUCACACGCCGUGCAUAUUCCUUCUCCUUGGAUGCAGCAGUACGAGCAGCGGUGGCUACAUCAUGCAGACACAACAGCAAAGAAGGGGAAUUGUGCCAAGGGGAAGAACGGGGUGGUGUUGGAAGACGAUGUUGUCUUGUUGCGGCCACAGGAGGUGUCGUUGAAUGUGAGUGCGGCUUCUGCCAUCAUUCUUGCCACCCUGCUGGCCGGUGAUCGAGUAGUUGAAAUCCACCGAAUUGGCCGAUAA